UGCACUUCAAAAUGGGCUGGAUUGAAAAGCCGACCUUGGGUCUGAGGAUGCCCCGGCGUCUGAGAAACGCUGCUGCUGCCCGGUGGCCUCGGGGAUGAUUUCUUAAGCCUCUAGGAUGCCUGGAUGUUUUAAAAAGACGUGGUUCGGCUUGGCCUCCUUGCUGAGCUUCUCUUCCUUUCUGCUCAUCAUCAUUGCUCUGGCAAUCCCCAAGUGGCUCAGUGGGAAGAUCCUCUGUCAGACUGGAGUGGAUCUGGUCAACGCCACCGAUCCAGAGCUUGUGAAAUUCAUUGGAGACAUUUACUAUGGACUCUUCCGGGGCUGCAAAGUGCGCCAGUGUGGGCUGGGGAGCCGGCAUUCCCAGUUCGCCAUCUUUCCUCACAUGGUGAAACAGCUGAACACUGGUCUUCAUGUCAUGAUUUUAAUCUUCCUUUUUGUGGCCAUGGCCUUGGCUCUGGUCAGUAUGGGGUUUGCAGUCCUCAAUAUGAUAACGGUCCCGUACCGUGCAAUAAAUGGUCCUGCUGGUGUAUGCCUGUGGAAUGUACUUGCAGGUGGUAUCAUUGCUUUGGCCAUUGGGAGCUUCAUGGCGGCUGUGAAAUUCCAUGACCUCACAGACAGAAUUGCCAAUUUUCAGGAAAAGAUCUUUCAGUUUGUGGUCGUGGAGGAACAGUACGAAGAAUCUUUCUGGAUCUGUGUGGCAAGUGCUACUGUUCAUGCAGCAAAUUUGCUGGUGGUAGCCAUAAGUCAAAUUCCCAUUCCUGAGAUAAAAAACAAAAUAGAAGAGGCAACUGUGACAGCAGAAGAUAUCUUGUAUUAAUAACCUCCCUUAACUGAACCCACUUCCUAAAAAAGGUUCUGUGAAAUGACCUGAGGCAUAAUUUUUGGGUUCUUCCACUUCUGAUUUGGAUGAAGAUCUUUCUUCAUUAAUGGUUUGGUCAUUAAUUAAUAGGCAAUGAUUUCAUAGAUUCCAUGGAGGUCAAUGGAAACUGUCAGUAAUUAUAACUGGGAUUAUAAAUUAUAUACUGCCUAGACCUCGUUGCCUGAAAAAAAGAAUUAAUGAUAUAAUCAAAUAUGUACAAUAAUGACAUUUUCUCUAGAGACUUUAAGCCUAGGAGAUUUAUGGACCUGAGAAAGUCAAGAUUUCCUUAGACUCUGAUUUAUUCUGUAUUCUUUUAAGGGGAACAGAAAAGAGCAUGGUGGUGAAUAAAGUGGGAUUCUAUUGGUUAAUGAAUGGCUGUUAAGUGAAAUAGAUUCAUCCCUGUUGUGUGAUUAGGCCUAUAAAUUGAAUUAU